CGAGAGAUAGAAAGGGAGGACCAGCGAAGUGCAGUGCUGCACGCGUGUCUGUGUGAGGAGGAGGAGAGAGUGAUACAGAUAGCAGGGAAGCUAAUGGCAGGUUUACACAGGAAUCAAGACACAGCGCUAGGCACCAACCCAAAGGAGGGAUUGCCAAUGCACACACGCCCACACAGAUACACACCACAGACAGAGCAGAGCAUGAAUAAGACACUUUCAGGGACAGAGGAAAGAGGUUUGAUUGCAGACCGAGCAGUCAACCAUUACUUAAGGAUAACAGGAUUGACAGCUGGGGUAUAAAUCUGGAUAAUAAGAAAAAGGAGGCAGAGAAAGAAGCUCCAGCAACUCUAUCUUCCUUUUCUGUCCAUCCUGAGUCUACACUAGCUGGCCCUUCCAGCUUCUAAAUGAUUGAAGCCAUGCCUCAACUCUCUGGAAGCACAGGGUUGCAUGAGACUCUGGCCCUUCUCACCUCUCAGCUCCACCCUGAUGCCAAACACAAAGAAGACCUGGUGUUCCUCAAGGAUGUCUUCAGCGAGAAGAGCCUGGCAUAUCUGAUGAAGAUCCAUGAGAAGUUGCGGCAGUAUGAGCGGCAGAGCCCUACUCCAGUUCUCCACAGCGCCUCCUGUCUGGCAGAGGAUUUGGCCGAGGAGAUUCAGAAUGGACCGAUGGAAGGUGAUGAGAGGGAACUGCUUCUGCUUCUGAGUGCUCCUCAUCUCAAGGCUAUCCUGGCAGCCCAUGACACGGUGGCCCAGAAGAACUUUGACCCCGUGCUGCCCCCACUGCCAGACGAAGUGGACGACGAGCUGGAGGAAGAGUCUGUGAAGAUCGUCCGGUUGGUGAAGAACAAGGAGCCCCUGGGGGCGACCAUCCGCAGGGAUGAGGUGACGGGGGCUGUAAUAGUGGCCAGGAUCAUGAGGGGAGGGGCUGCGGACCGCAGUGGUCUGGUGCAUGUGGGAGACGAACUUCGAGAGGUCAACGGGAACCUGAUCAUUCACAAAAGACCAGAUGAGAUCAGUCAGAUUCUGUCCCAGUCACAAGGCUCCAUCACUUUGAAGAUCAUCCCUGCCGUUGCAGAGGAAGAUAGGCUGAAGGAGAGCAAGGUCUACCUGAGGGCCCUGUUUGACUACACCCCCUUUGAGGACAAGGCCACGCCCUGCCAGGAGGCGGGACUUCCUUUCAAGCGGGGGGAUAUCCUGCAGGUGGUGAGCCAGGACGAUGCCACCUGGUGGCAGGCCAAGAGAGUGGGCGACAGCAACCUGAGGGCCGCCCUAAUCCCCUCUACACAGUUUCAGGAGAGGCGUCUUAAAUACAGAAUAAAGAUGGGCACUUACCAGGCGCCUGAGUCACCGAAAACACCCACAUAUGAUCCUGCUGAAAGAGCAGACUGUGACAGUGAGGGCUCUCAGAGUGGACAAGACAUAGCUGGUCUACGCAGAAGUUUCUGUCUGAGCAGAAAAGAUCGACAGGGGUCCCCGGGAGAGCCUCGCACUCCAGACUCGGCCCCGCUGGACUUCCUAAUCUAUGAGGAAGUGACACGCUACCAGCCCCGCCCCAGCGAGAGGCCUCGUCUAGUGGUACUGAUAGGUUCCCUUGGGGCCAGAAUUAAUGAGCUCAAACAGAAGGUGAUCGCUGAGAAUCCCUGCCACUUUGGUGUGGCUGUGCCGCACACCACUAGAGCCAGGAAGAGUCACGAGAGGGAGGGAGUGGAGUACAACUUCAUCACUAAACAGGCCUUUGAGGCUGACAUUCAGAGCAACAUUUUUAUAGAGUAUGGGGAGUACAAGGAUCAUUUCUAUGGCACCAGUCUGGAGGCCAUCCGCAGUGUGCUGGAUCGAAAUAAGAUUUGCUUGGUGGAUGUACAACCAGAGGCACUGAAGAUCCUACGGACAGCUGAGUUUAAGCCUUAUGUUAUAUUUGUGAAGCCUCGUAUCCACGAGAGCCACUGCAAACGUCACGGCUCCUCUUCGUCACUCAGUGUAGGCAUCACUGAGGAGGACCUUCAGGAAAUGAGGCAGUCGGCCGUGCUGAUGGGCGAGCGCUACGGCCACCUGGUGGACCGGGUACUAGUGAAGGAGGACUUGGCCAGUGCAUGCGUUGAACUCCGGGACAUCUUGCAGAGGGUUGAGACCGAGGUUCACUGGGUGCCUAUUGGCUGGGCCCGAACCACCUAGCAUACACUCCCUGGCGCUACAGAGGGGCCAGUGCAUAUAAUACAAUUAAAAACCAGGCCAUUAGAAACUAGCGGGUGACAUUGAGAUAAUGGGAAUGGAUUUGAACUUUGAAGUGUUUUACUGCCAUUGUGUUCAACCACUCCUGUAAUCUCACAAGCCAGAACCAAAUCUCAGAUGCGCUUACGCUAACAGUCACAAGAGACUACCACUGCCAGAGUGAUGGUUGUUGGUGGUGGCAAACUGACAUUGAGAUGAGUGGAGAACGAAACGAGGGGACUUGGGAAUGGGACCUUUCCACGAGGACAACGGCUAUCGGUGGUGACUCAAGUGAAUACGAUGGAAUCAUUUGGAGCAGUUUGGGUUGACAGACUCUUAAUAAGAGACUUGUCGUUGCCUUUACAUGUUGGAUCAGACGUAUUGGCUGCCGUCACCUCAAGAUCAAGUCUAUUUUGCAUUGCUGAAUUGUGGACAGUUUAAACAUGUGUAUUAUUCCUUCAUCCUCAUUGCAUGAGCUUGUCCUGUUAGAGGCUAUGUGCAAUGGGGAAUUGUGGAUACUGGCUGAACUAAAGCAUGGGAAUCAAAUGUUGUUGAUCAGGCGGCUAAGACACUAAGUCCCAAAUGGAAGUGUAACAGAUUGUAGCCUCAGAGACUCCACAGAAAUCUGCCAAAAUAAAGCUCAAUAACUUAAUGCAUCCACACACUCCUAUUGAUCGUUCACCAGUAUUGUGAGUAGGGCUAUGCCAUCUUGAUCUGCAUAAUAAUCCUAAUUGGCAAUGUCGUAACAACCAUGAAAAAGCAUAUAAUACUUGCAUGUGAGAGUAAUGGUCUUGAAAAUGUAUACUAUUUAUCAGAGCCACGCAUUCUAUAAUAAUCUAGAAUGUGUACAGUAGAUUAGUCUAGUAAGUACUGAACAUCAAACAGAAUACAGUACAAAUAUUGGUUUUCAAUGAUACAUAAGAUGUGGGCAAGAUGGAGAUGUGAUUUCAUUAUGAAUGAUCAAUGAUGAUUACUCAUUGAAUGCAAAAUAAUACUGAGGACUGUGUGCUUUGUGAUGAAGUAAUUCAAUAAAAUCUCUUCCUUAAAGAUACAA